AUGGCGCGGAGCACGCUCUCGUCCCGCUUCCGCCGCCUCGACAUCGACCAGUACGACGAGAACCGCUUCGUGGAGGAGCCUGAGGAGGCGGCGGGGGCCGAGCCCGAUGCCAGCCCCGAGGUGGAAGCGCUGCUCAGGCAAUAUCCUUUGGGCCGGGGGCCGGGGGAGUCCCGGGGGCCGGGGGAGUCCCGGGGGCCGGGGGAGUCCCGGGGGCCGGCCGCGCUCGGCCGCUCGGGGCCGCAGCCGGGCUCUCCCCGCAGGUCGCGGUUUGAGUCCUUGACCCGCCGCCGCACAGGCGAGGCGCUCCGGGCCUUCCACACCGCCAUCCGCAGCUCCCCGGGCAGCAGCAGGAGCCAGGCCAUGAAGGAGCAGGCCCAGGGAACGAUGCUUAAAGUCCUCACAUCUUUUAAAAGCAGUGAAAUAGAACAAGCGGUGAAUUCCUUAGACAGAAACGGUGUUGAUUUGUUAAUGAAGUACAUUUAUAAAGGAUUUGAAAAGCCAACAGAAAACAGCAGUGCAAUAUUACUUCAGUGGCAUGAAAAGGCACUGGCAGUAGGAGGCCUGGGCUCCAUAAUAAGAGUUCUCACAGCAAGAAAGACUGUGUAAAGACUGUUAACUUGGACAGAGGUGACGGUCAGGUUUGGACUCAGAAGAAGGAAUGAGCUGAAAGUACACUGGUCCAUCUUUAUUAGAGAUUGCAAUCUACUGAAAUCCUACAGUAACCUCCUCUUGGAAUGCUUUUAUCCUUAAAUGUGGGGAAGAGUAAAGGUAUUCCUGCAUAUUCCGACUAUCACAUACAGGAGCCAAGACAUUCUCCUGCUCCCCUCUUUAACAGGCAGAGAGAAGGCACACUCCUGCCUCUUAUUACUGUAAGUGAACAGGUAUUUCAGAUGCUGCUUUAGCCAGGUGUGGUGAUACAAGCUCCUGUGUGUCCUGCUUAGUCCCAAGGUAGCUGUGUCCAGGCCGAGAUGCUGCAGCUGAGGGUGGGAGAAGGGCUGUUAGAAGGGUGGCUUUGAACAUGUGGUGAAGGACUUGGACUCUGGGCUUGGGUUAAUGUAAAGUGAAGUGCCUGCUGCAUCAAUAAAGUUCUUGGAUCACGUGAGUUAAA